GAAGCAUGAAUAAGGAAGUGUUGUUUUUUGUUUUUUUCGGCUGCCAGUUACAGCAGGUAUUUAACGAUAAACUGCAAAGUUGCAAGCAGAAAAAUAACUGUCAUGAGUGCAUUACGGACUCGACGAUGUGUGCUUGGUGCUCUGCUGAUAACUUGAAGCUUAGCGAUAGAUGUCAGCCAGCCGAUUCAGAAGACGCAAGAGCAUGCCCCGCAGAAUAUUCCCACAGCCCAAAGAGCAAUGUUGUAGUAGACGAUAAAGAUAAUCUCAACUUCUCCUCGGCUAACCAACACUCUAUACAAAUAAAACCACAAAGAAUCAAAAUGAAACUAAGAGUGGGAGAGCAAAAGAAAUUUUAUUUCUAUUAUAAAGCUGUUGAAAAUUUCCCCGUUGACUUAUAUUUUUUGCUCGAUGCUUCGAACACUAUGAAGAGAGUAAGAAACGACAUUUCCAAAAAAAGUAAAGAAAUAUACGAUGCAAUGUAUAAUUUAACAACCGAUAUUCAAUUAGGAUACGGAACCUUUAUAGAUAAACAUGUUUUUCCCUUUCAAAAUAAUAUGACAAGAAAAUGCUACUCAUUUAAGCAUAAUUUGAAUCUGACAUCCCAAUUAGAGGAAUUUCAAACAGCCUUAAGUGACACUAUUUUUGAAAAAAACUACGACUACCCAGAAAGCGGAUUGGAUGGCUUAGCACAAGUCAUGGCUUGCCAGAAUAGGAUUCAAUUCAGGAAACAAUCUAGAAAAGUAAUUAUAUUAAUAACCGACAGCCAUUCCCACCACGCUGGAGACGGGCAUAUGGCUGGAAUUAUAAAACCAUACGACGGCGAAUGUUACUUGAAUCAAGAGGGAUAUUAUACGAAAGAGAAAGAAAUGGAUUACCCUUCCAUUGGCAUGAUAAAUAAGCUGGCGGCUGAGGAUCAGUUUACCAUCAUUUUUGUGGUGACUUUGGAGUAUAGCAAACCGUAUCAAGUCCUAGCUGACGCAAUACCUGGAGCGCUCGUGUCGACCUAUGAUAAACGUACAAUUUCUGAAAAGUUGAAUAAGUUUUACAAGCACAUUAGUAAUAAUAUACUUCUAGAUGUAAACAUGUUGGCUGAAGACAAAGAUAAAUUCGCAAUUACGUUUGAUCCGGAUUGUAGCCAAAAAUACAGUUGCAAAGUUGUAUUGGGAGAAGAAUUGCGUAUAGAUGGACUAAUAAAAUUAAAAACAUAUUAUGGAAAAGAUAAUAUCACCGUACCUAUUGUACAGAAGGGAUUAAAAGAGGCUCUGAAUUUAGAUAUCCAAAUAAUUUCCAGAUGCGAUUGUGAAUUUCUGAAUCAUUCAAGCUAUCAAAUACAAUCAAGUUUUUGUAAUUCAGCCGGCGAUUUACAGUGUGGCAUAUGCAGUUGCAAUGAAAAUAGAAGCGGUCCAACAUGUGCGUGUAUCGAGAAUAAUUCUACGAGUGGACUAUCGGAGAACUCGACCCACUGCUUUGACGAAGAUGGCGCUGAGUGCAGCAAAAAUGGCAACUGCAUUUGUGGGGGCUGCAUGUGUAGGCCAGGAUUCGCUGGGCAGUACUGCGAAGUGCGAACCGACAAUUGCCAGAGAGACGACACCGGGGCGCUCUGUUCCGGCCACGGGAGGUGCUGGAACGGCACAUGUGAGUGCAUCAAGGGCUCGUGGGAGGGGGCCAAAUGUGAAUGUUCUAUGUCAAAAGAGCUAUGCAUGGACGAUCAUGAAAAUGUGUGCAACAACCGUGGCAAAUGUAAAUGCGAGAAAUGCAAAUGCGACCCAUUGCCUAAAUGGGACGUCCGCGACUACAAAGAUAAACAUUGUGGCUUAUGGUGCGACGAUUGCCACACACGACAGUGCCUCGCUCUCAUCGACUGUGUGGCAUGCUAUAACCAGAAGAACAGCACAGAAGACUGUCGGGUAGAAUGUGGCAAUAAACUGGCUAUAAUCACAGAUGCAGACCAGAGCAUUGAUAACGUUUGCGUGAAUGCUAGAGUAUCGUUUGGGUGCUACGCAAAUUUUUCGUAUUUUUACAACGAUGAUGAACAAGGAAUUGUCUUGUAUCGGCUGUCGGAGCCGAAUUGCAACGAGGAAUAUUACAAAUACGGCGCGAUAUCCCUCUUAAGCGCGCUAGUGGUGGGCCUCAUCAUCAUAUGGGGACUCAAGCUGCUGACUGACGCGCACGACCGCGCCGAGUACGAGCGCUUCCUGCGCACUGAUGACGAUGGCGAGGCCGUCGAGAACCUCAUCUACAAGCAGCCUACCAACGUGUUCCGGAACCCUAACUUUAAGAGGUCCUUUAGUUUCCGGUGAUUUUAUUGU